AUGGAGAAAAGGGCUCGGAGUUCCUCCAGAGAGGCCCACGGGAGAGGCAGUGGGUCCGCCCACAAAGAGAACAAGAGGGCGAAGGCCGAGAGGGGCGGCAGAGGCCGCGGGCGCCGGGACGCCGGGCCGGAGCAGUCGGCCCUCGGGCGGGCAGGGAGCCCGGGUGAGCCCCGAGCGCCUGCAGCCACCGUGGUGGACGUGGAUGAGGUCCGGGGCUCUGGCGAGGAGGGCACCGAGGUGGUGGCGCUGCUGGAGAGCGAGCGGCCCGAGGAAGGUACCAAGUCUUCCAGUUUAGGGGCUUGUGAGUGGCUUCUUGUCCUCACAUCCCUGCUCUUCAUCAUUGUGACCUUCCCUUUUUCUAUCUGGUUCUGCAUAAAGGUUAUACAGGAGUAUGAGAGAGUAAUUAUAUUCCGACUGGGACAUCUGCUUCCUGGAAGAGCCAAAGGCCCUGGCCUUUUCUUCUUUUUGCCCUGCCUGGAUACCUACCACAAGGUUGACCUUCGCCUCCAAACCUUGGAGAUACCCUUUCAUGAGGUUGUAACCAAAGACAUGUUUGUAAUGGAGAUAGACGCCAUCUGCUACUACCGAAUGGAAAAUGCCUCUCUUCUCCUAAGCAGUCUUGCUCAUGUGUCCAAAGCGGUCCAAUUCCUUGUGCAAACCACCAUGAAGCGUCUCCUAGCACAUCGAUCCCUCACUGAAAUUCUUCUAGAGAGGAAGAGCAUUGCACAAGAUGUAAAGGUUGCCUUGGAUGCAGUGACCUGUAUUUGGGGAAUCAAAGUGGAGAGAACAGAAAUUAAGGAUGUGAGGCUGCCAGCCGGGCUGCAGCACUCGCUGGCCGUGGAGGCCGAAGCACAGAGACAGGCCAAAGUGCGGAUGAUCGCUGCAGAAGGGGAGAAGGCUGCGUCCGAGUCCCUGAGGAUGGCAGCCGAGAUUCUAUCAGGCACUCCAGCUGCUGUUCAGCUUCGGUACCUCCACACCCUGCAAUCCUUGUCCACAGAGAAACCUUCCACAGUGGUUUUACCUUUGCCAUUUGACUUGCUAAAUUUCCUGUCUUCUCCAAGCAGUAGAACUCAAGGAAGCAUCCCUUUACCAAAUCCUUCCAAACCUGUUGAGCCACUGAACCCUAAAAAGAAAGACUCUCCCAUGUUAUAG